CUCAACAUUUUCGCAAGAAGACUUCGAAAAUAUAAAGAAGUUGGGAGGUCAGACUAAAAAGCCUUCCCGAAAGAAAAUUGGCAGAUUUGGAUUAGGAUUUAACUCAGUGUACCAUUUGACAGAUGUUCCAAGCUUUAUCAGUGGUGAUAGAAUUGUGUUUUUUGAUCCACAUGCAGUACAUCUUGGAAACCAAAUUAAAGACAAGACAAAACUUGGAAUAACGUUAAUUUUUACAAAGGGCACCAGGCCUAAACAACUAUCGCUUUUUAAGGGUCAAUUUGGACCAUACAAUGGAAUAUUUGACUGUGAUUUGAGACCAACAUCUGAAUGGGAAUCUUACAAUGGAACACUAUUCAGAUUCCCAUUGCGGACAGACCUCCAGGCGAAGGAUAAUAAAAUACGAAAUGAUCCCUGUAAUAAGACGAAGAUAAAAGACAUCCUCAGUCAAUUUCACAAAAACGCAGACGAUAUUCUCUUAUUCACCAAUCACGUUAAAGAUGUGUCUUUGCACAUGCUACAUCAAAAUGAGACUAAUCCCCUGAAGACUAUUGAAUUAUUUCGAAUCAGUACAAAGCAAGAAGGAAACCUUGUAACAGCUUCUAUGAUUACAUCAAAAAGAGGCAAGAGUUUUUUUGGUGUUGAUAAGAGUGCUACUAAACAAUGGAUAAUACAAGGUUCAGAUGGAAAAUGUGAUUUCGAGGCUUUAGCUAGAUCAGAAAACGUGGGUGAUGAUCUAAAUCUAUUUGACAGCCACGAUAGUAUUACAGAGUUAGCUAUUUCAAAUUUUGGAGUAGAACAUGGUCUAAAUCCUGUUGGAGGUGUGGCUUGUCCUCUUGGUAAAAAUACUGCGAAAGGACUGGUGUAUUGUUUCCUGCCUUUAUCUGUGCCAUUAAGCAAAUUGCCUGUGUAUAUAAACGCUAGUUUUUCCCUCAGUUCAAAUAGGCGAAACUUAAAGAAAUUGGGCGCGGGUGAUGAGAGAAGUUUAGAUACGCAGUGGAAUAAUGCCUUAAUGAAGCAUAUAACUAAGACUUACAUCAAUCUUCUAUCAAAGGGUGAAUGCGGUAACAUUUUGUUAAAAGAUGCAGCACAAAAAGGUGAUGAUUUUUAUUUCUGGCCGAAGAAUGACUUACAUUCCGAUUAUAGAUUAAUCUUUCAAGAAUUUUAUCGGAUGGUUGUCAGUGGAGAUGAACAUAGCCUUCCAUUAAUAUUUCAGAAAGGUGGCCGUUGGUUUGAUUUCAGGCAUUUGGUGUUAAUUGAUCCAGAACUCAAGCAAAUUUCAAAUAUAGGAAAGUCUUUAAUGGAAAUAUUAGAAAUUCUUUUGGAUUCCGAACAGAUUGCAGUUCUCGACAUUCCUGAAUGGCUUUAUAAAAUUCUCUCCGCAGAUCAUGGAAGUGCAUUACAAAGACAAAUUGUCUCUAAGAACCAAUUUUUCCGUAAAUAUUUUUUCCCUAACAUUGGGAAGUUUGGGGAUAAGAUCACUGAUAGUAUCCUAUUACAUGUGUUAAAUGCCGGUGAAUAUCAGGAGCAACUAAAAUCUACAGCUUGUAUUCCUUCAAAGCCUGACGGGAAAAUAAGGAAAAGAAUUUCCGAAUUGAUAUAUCCGAGUGGAAAUGUAUCAAAGAUGUACAGUGCUGAGGAUAACGUUUUUCCAUUUGGCGAUUAUAGUGAUAGCGUAAUCAUCCAGAAGUUAAUUAGACUUGGAAUGCAAAUGGAGGUGCAGUGGUCAGAUAUUGUUCAACGUGCCAGAACUGUCGAAAUACUACAAGAAACCAGCAAGGAAAAAGCAAUGGCACGCAUCAGAGCUAUUGUUAAAUAUACAUACCACAAGCACAAGAUAGAUAAAAAUGGAAUAGAAGUAUUUCGUGAAGACAUUAAACACAUUAGAUUCUUUCCUUCAAUGACAAAACCAAAGGACUACCCGAUAUCAUGGUUCACACACCAAGUGCAGCUGUUUCCACCAAAAGAGUUAUAUACAGAAGCAAAUGCAGAUCUAGUUGGAAGCCUGCAUCCAAUAAUUGAUGGAUUGGGCUUUCAUUAUGAGAUAUUAUUUCCAAAUGUGUUUGGGGUUUCUAAGCACCCUGUUAUAGAUGAUAUAUUUAUACAACUCGAUAAAGUUAUUAAAUGUGAUAUAAACAGCAAAAAUAUAAAAGCGGUCAAACGAUUAUAUAUGUUAAUUUUGGAAAAGAUUUGUCAAUCAGAAGCCCAGAGCUACCAAGACUUAUUAGUGAAACUGAAGCAUAUACCAAUUGUACUUGUCAAUGACCGCUUUGUAGAAGGUAAUCGAUGUGCACGACAUGAAAUAACUGGAAAUAUCUAUGAGCUGCUGUACGAAUUUCCGAAAGAUCUACAAAACUUCUGGGGAUUCUUUCGUGAACUCGGUGUAUUGGAGAGAUUCGGAAUAUCUGAUUACAUCGAUGCGAUCUGUAGGUUGAAUAGCAAAUUCCAAGAGACCGAGUCAGAAGUUCCCAUAAAACCAUUAGAGGGUAAUGACAUUGAUGCUGUCAUCCAGAUACUCACUCACUUGGAAAAGAAACUAAAGGAACCAUCAGAUGCAGAUGGCGUUCUCAUUCCUGAUGUGGAAAACAUACUACGUCCCGUUCAUGAACUUUGCUAUAACGAUGUCAGCUUUGUAUCUCCAUUGGAAAAUGUCAAGAUUUGUAACGGAAAAGUUUCACAAGAAAUGGCCAAACGAUUUGGGAUAAAGGACAUUAGAACUCGUACUAUCAUUAAUUUGUCGUGUGACUUGUUUUCUGGGUUUGGUCAGUACGAAAAACUAACAUCUCGAAUUAAGUGGAUUCUUGAAGGUUAUCCACUUGGUGUUUCUAUUCUUCGUGAAAUGUUACAGAAUGCUGACGAUGCGGGUGCUAGAAAACUAAGUAUUAUUCUCGAUAACAGAACUCAUCCAAUAAGUGAACUGCCAUCCUCUAAUUGGAAGCACUUACAGGGCCCGGCACUUUGUAUCUACAACGAUGCAACAUUUAGUGAUGAUGACAUACGAGGUGUUCAAGAUCUAGGGAGUGGAAGUAAAAAAUACAAAUCAGAAAAAACAGGGCAAUAUGGCGUCGGUUUUAAUGUUGUCUACCAUGUAACGGACUGUCCAUCAUUUAUUUCAAAUGGAGACACAUUUUGCUUAUUUGACCCUAACAUUGAGUAUGCACCAGCAGCAACACCAGACAACCCUGGACUGAUAACAAAGAAACUGCAGGAAGUUCGCAACAUUUUCCCAAAUGCAAUGACAUGCUACCUGAAUGAAUUUGAGCAUGAAUUUCCACAAAGAGGAGGAACUAUAUUCCGCUUACCCUUACGUUCCACAGAAAUGAGUAAUCUGUCUAAGAUUAGCAACAAAGUAAUUACAAAAAGAAGAAUUGUCGAACUCCUGAAUGAGUUUGAAAAUGAAAUGCCGGAAGUCCUACUGUUUUUAAAGAACAUUAGACAGAUUAGUAUCCAUGAAAUCGACACAUCUGGUAAGCUUUCUGAAAUGUAUUCUGUAAAAUCGAUUAUACGUAACGAUAUUGAUAAGGAGAAAAGACAGAACUUCUAUUCAAACACACUGGAAAUCGAUGAAGAUAACCAAAGGGACUGUUCCUAUCAGAUGGAAGUGCUGUGUCAUAAAAGUAAUCGCAAAGAAAGCAGUGAAAGUUGGUUGGUUUCACAAGCUUUUGGAUUCGGAGGUGCCUCUGUUGAUGCCCAGUUUGACCAAUCGCGUUCACAUCUUCCAAUCGGUGGGGUUGCCACAAUGCUACCCGGAAACAUAAAACACCAAAACGUUAAUCAUAAGUCUAAUGACUGCAGUGUACAUUGCUUUUUGCCAAUUCCUAUUAAAAGUGGUCUCCCGGUAAUUGUCAAUGGCCACUUUUGCCUCGGACAGUCGCGAAGGAGUAUUUGGGAUUAUGACGAUGAAUAUAAUGACUCACGUGCGGCCUGGAACAAUAAAUUGAUAACUGUUGUCAUUUCGCGUGCCUAUUUAAACCUACUCAAAGAAUUUGCAACACGGACUGGCCUCUCGGAAUUUCUGAGUAAUGUAAUGUCAGACAAAGUCAUUAAACAUCGCUUGAACAAUUAUCACAGACUAUUUCCUGAUCCUUCAAAAACAUCGUCAUUGUUGUGGAAAAAUCUUGCUGUAUCGCUCUACAAAAGAAUUGUCGAUCAAAACGAACCAUUGUUGCCUCUUUUGAAAUUAGAUAACAGUGAUUCAGAAGGCACCACACUUUUUGAAAUAAGAUGGUGUUCUCUCUUGGGGAGCAAUUUUGAGAAAGGCUACUUCUAUGAUCUAGGUGUCGAUGAAGAAAAAUCUAUGAAGUUAAAAUCAAUUUUGAUUAGACUUGGAAUUAACGUGCUUUAUGCUAAUUUCUGCAUAUAUCGUUUUUUCAAAGCAGCUGGAUGUGAUGUAGAUUCUGUCACGCCCGAUAUUGUAUGCGAUUUUUUAUCGACAAAUCAUGGAAAAUGCACACUAAAAAAGCUUCCUCUACCAAUUCAUAAAACCACAAUGAAAACUAAAGACGAUCUUAAAACUCUGAUGGAGUUUAUGUGCACAAAACCAGAAGGAUUACAUCCUCAUGGUCUUCCGUUAAUAUUAACUGCAGAUAACUCUUUGAAUGUAUGUGACUGUCCAGAUAAAUCUAGGAAACUAGAAUCAAAGCCUAGCGAAGAUUUCCGGUCUCGUAAAUGUACAUUUGGAAUUAGAAACAUAUUUUACUGCCAAUAUGCACAUGUUUUUCUAGAGUGCAAACAUGAAUUUCUACACAAAGAUUAUGUAAAAUACUUCAAUGUUUUCCAAUUCCAAAUGUUGUCACUGUUUGAUAUUGAAGAACGUUUGGACAAGUGUCUGAAUCCGAUACAAUUCAAAAAUAGAUCAUAUAUUCACUAUGAUUCAGAAAUUUUACAACCAAAGUGGAUAACAGAUUUAUGGAAGUGUAUUUUUUCAUCAUGGAAGCAAAGUGCUCCCUGUGAUUCUUCAGGAAAUAGAUUACCACCUAACCCGCAAGAAUUAAUCAGAGUAUUUGGUGAUUGGGCUAUUUUACCAGUGCAAUUCAAAGAUGAAGCCUACUUAGUUCCACUCUCCAUGGCGGCUACUGUGAAAGGCGAUUUCGCUCACGAUGGACCAUUAUGUACAAUAUUUGGUGAAAAGCUCAAGUGUCCAGAACCUAAUCCUGAACUGCUGCCAAAGAUUCAACAUAUUAGUGCAUUAAUGUCUUCCCCGCAACAUCCAGAGCACAUAGUGUCUUUGCUCCACUUUCUACAGAACGACGACGAGUACUGCUUUACUGUGCUGGAACCAGAUGAUUGUGCAUAUUUGUUGAACUAUUUCGAAAGAAAUAUUAGAAAUUUGGCUAAUAAAACAUUCACUCUGCUGAAGAAAUUAAAAUUGUUUGAAACUAUUACUGGGGACACCGUAAGUUUAACUAAUACGUCAGAUGUGGUCAUAAUUCAAGAGGAAAUUCCUGAAGAUGACCAGUCAAAAUGGAUGAAGAAAACGCGAAAGGUCUUCAUAAAGAAACAGCCCCAGCUGGAAAAGCUAUACAAGAAACUAGGACUUUACGAUGAAUCUAUUCUUGAAGUUUACACAAGGUUCAUACUUCCGUAUUUUUGUGAUUUCUCGGAUUCAGCAAGGAAGGCUCACCUCAAAUGGAUAUUGACAAAACGGUUGGAUAAGCAACAAUUUCAUGACAUCGGUUUUACUUCAACUCCAAUCAUGAAAACAGACACAGGCUUUAAAAUGGUAAACGAAUUGUAUGAUCCAGAAAUUGAACUAUUCCAGAAAAUGCUGCCAAGUCAUUCAUUUCCACCAAGACCGUAUGACGACCCUGAAUGGAGAGACUUGCUUCUAAAUCUUGGGCUGAUAUCGGAUUUAAGUCAUUAUAUAUUUAUACAAUUCGGAAAAAUGAUUGAAAAUCAGAUUCUAAGAAAUGCGAAGCAGUGCAAAGAAAAUUCUCAGGCGUUGGUAAAAGCCCUAAGCGAGUUUCAAUGCGAUUCAUCUUUGUUAAGUGACAUAUCAACUAUCAAGUUUUUAGUACCUGAAAAUUUUGAAGUAAAGACGUUAUUUCCUGGUACACACGCAGUAAUGUUUAGCGGGUCUGUCAAGUGUACCCAUGCGCAUCUCGUGUGGACUACUAAGCCAGUGUUACCAGCUUAUGCAUCUGUAUUCAAAGACCAAGAAGCUGCCGAACUUGGGGUGAUACCAGUACCCAAUGUCGAGGACGUAUUGAAGCAUCUGAUUAACAUAUCCACAAGCACAGUAAGACGAUUAAUUUCAAAUGAAGAGGUUUUUGAAGACAUAUAUAAGUUUUUGUCACGACAGUGUCGUUGCAAUGAUGCUUCAUGCAACGUUUGUCAGUGUAUUGUAAAAUUAAUACCAGAAUCUUUACCGUUUGUUCUUGUCCGUGAUAACUUGGAUAGAAGCAUCCUUGCCCAAGCCUCAAUUGUUUCGGAACGUAUACCAAAAGCAAUAAAAGAUGUACUUAUUCCAUACAUAUACGAGCUCCCGAAAGAAUUCAAACGUUACGGAAAUGUAUUCAAAGCUGCUGGGAUGACUGAUGACAUUAGCGCCAAGCAGUAUUCGUCAGUUCUGGAAGCUGUUUUUAAAUCGGACAACACUGGUGGACGAAAUCCAAACUUCAAAAAUGUUGUUGCAGCAUGUGUUCAACGUCUAUUCGAGAUGCUGAAACAUUUCGAAAAGGAGGAGAUUGAACAAGAGUUUGAGUCUGUCGACUGUCUCUACUUUCCAGACAAGGAGCAUAUGCUGAUAUCAUCAUGUGAUUUAGUUUAUGCUGAUGUCUGUCGUUAUGAACGUCGGAUCAACAGCGGUUCUGUGAGACUGUUCAUUGGUUUUAAAGAACUUGAUAUGAAUGAAAGCUACUUUAAAUACCUUGACGUCUUACCACACCGCUUGCAACUCCAAAAGAUGAGCAAAGAAUUCAGAGAAGAAAUGUUAGUAACAGAAUGUGAAGACUGCCCUGAAUCCCAAAUUGGCCACUGUCAGUUUUUAGAUACAUACCAAACUGUCCUGACAUCACAUGAGUUCAGACAAGGACUGAUGCGGUUAAUAAAUGAUGAGAAAAGGCACUCGGAUUUUGACAAAGAAACAACUGAGCAGAAAAUUGAAAAUGUGUUUGGUCUGUCAUCAAUCAAAUUGUAUUGUAAAAAGACAAUAGCAACUCAGCUAUAUUGCACCAAUACCGUUCUAAAUGAUAGUGAAGGUACUGCUGAAUGUUGCCUAAUGAAACCAGAACAAGUGAAUGGACUUCAAAAUUAUGAACUUUAUGUACGUCAUCAUGAACAUCCGGGGAGUAUAGCAUUCAAAAGGACGCUCGUGACAAUUAUCAAUGACAUUCUUGGAAAUCAAAUUUCUGACAUCAUAUCUCUUGAAGGAAUUGUCACAAUACCUUCUCCUUUUAUGAUAACCGAUACUUUAGAUGACUUGGAUAAAACAUCCUAUGGAAGUCGUCCUUACGAGCCAAUUCUUGGAAAUCCUGUGCCAGAGGAUUCUCUUUACCUUCUCUUACAAGAACCAUUUGAUAAAUUUUACCAAGGAGAAAUAGUCGCUUACCAACUGUCGGACAUUGACCUAGAAUCACAUUACGUAUAUGCGAAAAUAAAGAGUAAAAUAAUUCCGAUUACUACAAAUGGACCAAUUGGAAUGUAUGCAAUUGACAUUGGAGACAAAGAUGAAGGGCCAAUCGUAGUUUCAAUGCUUGAUAUUUUUAAGUUUCUUAAACCAGAUAGAGCUACUGGUCUUCAGUUGGUUCCUUAUGAAGGGAACGACUCACAGUCUAUCUCAUAUGAAAGCCCAAUGGGUGACGUUAAAAAACAAAUUGAGAAUAAAUUACAAGCUAUCUGGCACCUACCUGAUCCCGAAAAGCGUAAAGCAAUUAAAAGAAUUCUCUUGACAUGGCAUCCUGAUAAGAAUGAGAAAGACAGGAAGGAAUUCUACACAGAAAUGUUCCAAUUUAUCAAGGAUGUAAUAAAACGAUUAGAAAGUGAAUUAUACGAGGAAUUGAGCAGAUGUGACGAAAGUAGGACUAAUAUGUCAUUCGAUGAUGAAUUCUUUGAUGAAAUCAAUAAGAGAGCACAAAGAGAUUACUCCUCUUUCCAAAGUCAGAGUGGAAACUUCGCCACACAGACGAUAUUUUCACAGCCUAACUUUUCAGAAGCUAGGAGGUGGAUGAGGCAAGCGAAAAUUGACCUCUCGGCUGCAGAGACUGAGGACUAUAACUUCUGUGAGUGGAUAUGUUUUAAAUGCUUCCAAGCAGCAGAAAAGGCAUUUAAAGCGGUACGAUAUGCUAUUCAUGGUGGAGGAUGUAAUGAACAUUCUAUCUUAGUUUUAGCAGAUGACGUUAAAACUCAGAUUGACCUAAGAUUAGCAGCUGACCUGUUAGAAAGCGCGGCUGUGGACCAGAUUAGCACGCGCUAUCCCGAUAAACAUCCGCGUGACAAGAUACCUAAUGAUGUCUACUCCAUCACUAAAGCUGAAGAGUCGAAAUCAGCUGCUAGGCAAAUCGUCGAUGGUAUAUCUGCAUUUUUGAUCAACAUGGGAGUCAACAUUACUUGAAUUCUUGUUCUGCAAUAACAUUUUCGAAGCUUUUUGUUCGUAUUUUCCUUUUCUUCUGUCCCGUUUCCCCGUGUUCUUGCAUAGGGUUUUUCUAUGUACCACUGUAGUCACUUUCUGUUAUCAUAUAAGGUUUAUUUAACCUUAAUUUGCAUUUUCCGCAGAGUUUCAGUUAAUAGUUACAGUUAGGUUCAACGGAAAUUUUCCGUAAAAUGCAAUGACAGUCUUUGCUAUCAAUUUAUAAAACCGGACACUCACUGCGUCUUAUGAUGCCGUCUGCUGAUUGUUGGUGGCAGUCUGAACCGAUCGUCGUGGCGUGGCUUCAUAAAAUCGUGUCGAACGACGAUCGUCGGGCACAGUGCCCUGCUAAACGUUCAGCAAGUUAGUAUAGUCACAACAUACACACAUAGGGUGAAAAUGUAGGCCUACCUGGAUUCCUUGAGUUGGAUUCGUGUAAUGAAAAGUACUGUUCCUUCCCCUAGCAACAUAGAACCUAUAAGCGAUGAGAUUCAGAGUCUUGCUAGAAACAUUUAUUUGUAUUUAAAUAAGAAGUAAAUAACUUUAACAGAGAAUCGUAGGUCUUAAAUAAUAAAGUGGUUUCAUCAUUCAAUUUGAAAAUCGGGUAUCAUUAUGCCCUGAUUAUGCCAAUGAUGAUACGCCAUCUGUGAUAUCGGUUUAGUUUUCUU